ACUUUAAAAAAUUGAAUACAAAAACAUAGGUAAAUCAUCGUACUAUUUGAAAUAUUACGAAAUCAAUAUUACCCAAGUUUCACAAUGUAGUCUAGACCAGUUAUCAAUAAUGCGAUGCAUAUUCUAUAUGUAGGCAUUACGAUACUUGUGCGGAAGGUUCAAGAUGGUUCAUCAGUUUGUCCUUUUGGUUUUACUUUGACUCUUAGAGUCUUGCUUUGAUUAGGGAGUGCAGCCUGAUAGAUUUGAACUGUUUUUGUCUUGGAAUUGGGUGUGAAGACCACAAUCAACGAUGCCCAAGGCAAAGUCCAAAAGUUCACAGAAACGGAUGAAAACGAGGAUGAGUAAAGGAGAUGGAGCUGUCUCAUCAGAGGACAGGGCUCAUCAGAGUGAGGAGAUAACAGGAGAGGACUACAUCAGCCAACUCUCGUUAGAACUCCUGGAGAAGAUCUUUCAUUAUCUACCGCUGAGGACCAUCUUCUCCUGCGAGAGGUUGAACCAUCAUUUCCAGCUGGCUGUGCAUUCGUACCUUAAGGUGGUGAAGGAGAUCAACCUCACGGAACACAUGUGGCAUGGAUACGUCCCCAAGGGAUUCACCCUGUCCGCUUUCACAAAGAUCCUGAAGCGGUGCCCCAAGUUGGAAGUCAUCCAGGGACUGCACAUCUAUCCAGAAAAUGCAGGAUUUCAUCCCUAUCUGAACAGGUCGGAUCAGAUGACCCAGGGUAUCGUCAAGGAGUUGAAGCGAUGCGGCAACCUACGGCAGGUGGAGAUAUCCAGUCUAGACCUUGCGGAUUCCCUCGUGGAUGAAAUGCCAGAGCUGGACUUGGGACACUUCUCCAACAGGGGCGGUUGCUUUGACGCAGACUGCCGGCCCUACUUCACUCUCGUUCCCGGCUACCACAUCCGGAAACUGCAUCUGACCGGGGUGACGCUUCCAGAGCUGCCAGAGACGCCACACGUGCAAGAGGUGGUCUUGGAAUGGGUAGAACUCACCAGUUCUCAACCUUUCCAGAAUUUCAUCUGUCCAGGACUCAGAUCAUUUGUGAUGAGGAACUGCUUUGGGCCACUGAAUGCUCUCAAGUAUGUGGCUCUUAUCGACAAUCUGGCCAGAUGCCUGAACCUGGAGAGGUUGGAAUUGGUACGUGUUCCGUUCCUCGGUGGACUGAUACAACAUAAAGUGGAGGAAUCGGCACAGGAGUGUACUCAUGGUUUUCGCAAUCUGAAAACGGUCCUCAUCAGCGGGUGCAAGAACUGCACGGAGCAGGACCUGGGCCAUCUCCUGCUGGCUGCGUACAAGACUCUGGAGAGUCUCAGUCUACAGCCGUGCCUGACCAGGGACAGUCUCUUCUUGGCACUCAAAGCCAUCGAGAGCAAGUUUUACAAUGUCAAGCAUCUUCAUCUGGGCUAUGUAGAUCCCUGGUCAAACUCAGGGAAGUACUCUUCGACGGACCUGGUAAGCAAAGGUCUGGCUGAGAUCAAUGAGAACCCUGCUCUGAUGACUGACAUGGGUAUGAAGGCCAUGGGCCAGGUCUUUCCCAAUCUCACCUCGCUCACCGUCUACAACUGCCCUCAUCUCAGAUACCCUAGAGGAUGGCUGGAUGUUGAGCCUGUUGAUACCAAUUGGUCACAAUUGACAUCUCUUCAUCUCCACCACUGUCAUGGGAUCCAACUCAACGACAGCCAGUCUCUUUCUCACUUCAUAGAGUGGCUCCCAAACCUGGAGGACAUCCACCUAGAGCGUAUGUUUCCCAAGCCGCCCAAGGGUUGCUCCAGGGUUGGUCUCAGUGCAGGGACGGGCAUCGGUGUGUCAUCCGCUCUGGUGGCCAUGCAGAAUCCCGGAGCACAGCAUCCCCCACAGCCCCAGAACCAGGCUGAGGUCCAGGUACCAGAUGUAGCACCGAUCCACCAAGAACCACUGAGGCAGCAGCAGCAGCAGCAGCAGGGCAAUGCGGACAGGGGACCACACCGACAGAUCCAGGAUGUUCCUCCGCAGAAUGUACAAGUCCAAGUCCAAGUGCCAGAAAGACAACCCCACCGGAUACAGCCAGCCGUGAUGGAGAAUCCACAGGAAAGACCUGAGGAUCUCCCGGCAGGUCAAAGUAACGUUGCAUCACCAAAUGCAUCAGCAUCAUCAUCAUCAAAUGUAUCAUUAAGAAACUCAGAAAAGGCAUCCACUUCUAUGGAUGUGCAUGGGACAUCAAGUGACUCGCAGGAAAGCAAGCCUCGGAGUGUGUGUAAUAAAAGAAAACAUUCCUCUACAUCUGUAGGUGUCGACACAGAUGAAGCCGAAAUAGGGAUACACUGUGAUGUUACAUUUUCAGACUCGGUAGCUAGGGAAUCAAGGGUAGAUGAACAUAGGACAGAUCGAAGAGAUAAUGUUGAAAAUGCUUGUCGAGCAGUCCAAGGUAGUGCGAUAGACCAACCUCAAGAAUUCAGUCCAAGCGUCCAAAGUACCCCGCCUAAGAGGAACGUGCGAGAUGCUUCCACCUCGGCUAUGUCUAUGGCUGGAUCAUGCCCCAUCCAUGGGACGAUGAUGCAGGAGCUAAGCAAUGAUGACGAUGAUGAGGAGGAUGAUGACUUCUCCUCUCUUCCAUCCAUGCCUGACGAAAGCGACGACGCUGUUGAUGGUACCUGCCAGAGUGUUGGUGUCCAGGUCCAGAGGGACACCCAGUCGUCCCCUCCAGACCCAAGCCCGAUGAUGUGUGACCAAGCCACCAGUACUAGCGACCCUGUCAUGGAAGCAGAUCCGGUCUUGGUUUUCAGAUGCGACUCGCAAUCCUUGGCAUCUGCCACAUUGGAUGAUUGCGGAAUCUCACAUAUCGAUGUAGAGGAUUGUCCAAACCUCAAAUCCAUCCAAGGUCACAAUCUGCCGAUCUUCAAGCAUCUCAGUGUGUCCGACGUCCAAUGCAACCUGAGCAGGGUACAGUUUGAACAGUGCCCCAAGAUGCAGUACGACUCCAUCAUAUCUGAGCUCGUCCUUAGCUACCCACCCAGACUAACUGAUAGAUUCAUCAGAUUCCGUCCAAUGUCACAUGCGUCAGUCAGUGAGAUCAAGGGAACCCUUGAGAGUAGACUAUGUACCUUGAAUCACAAUGCCUUACUCAUUGUGGAUAGUACGACCCCACCUCAGGCUCACCAUGGCACAGCAAUAUGGGACUGGGUACACGUCUUCAGUGGUCUUAAUCAGAUCCUGUUAUUUGAAAGAGACUUGAAAGAAGCUCAUCGGAAAGCCCUCCAUGGCUACAAUGAGGAUGGAAUCAAACUGGAUCAUAUGGUGUUUGAAGACGACAAGCUGGAAGUGAUAACAGACCUUCCAUGGAUGAAACCUCUCCUACACAGUAAAACAUGGCGGCUGGGGGUCUCUCCUUCAUAUGGUAAAAACAGGCGUGAAAACAUAGAGGGACUAAGGGAGCAUCUCGCCGAGCCCAUUGCCACGGCGAUACAAGAGAAGCAGAAGAUCUUUCCAAGUCUAUUCUGCGUGUACAUCCAAACAUCUGACCAAGAUAGCACUUCUAUGUACGCAGAGUUCACAACCGAUGGUCGUUGAUUCGUCUCUCCUUCCUCUGUUCCCAAUUUAAUUAGUUUGAUAUUGUGGGAGAGCUGGGACCCGUCUCACAAAGCCUUAUUUUAAUGACAAAUUACAAAAAUCAGUGACAAAUCUGCUGAUAACCAAUCAGAAGCAAGGAUUUCAGUAGCUUAUAACAAAAACUGUAAUUUGUCUCUGAUGACAAGUUUUGUGAAACGGGGUCCAGGACUUGUGUAUUUAGCUUAUUCAGCGCAUAGAUAGCUGCAUGCAUGGCAAUAACGUUUGUACACGUACUACCGUGAAGUUUAAAAUUGCAUACCGGUAUUGCGUACUGACACUGGAUUGGUGGUGCAUUUAUAGUGAAGAAAUGAUCAUGUUUUUUAUUAAAGGUAUAUACGGAGAGUUGACGACUGAUAGUCGUUGAUUCGUCUCUCCUUCCUCCGUUAUCAAUUUACUUAAUAGUUUGAUAUUGUGGGAGAGUAGCUCUAUGUAUGCACCUUUUUCGUUGCACAGAAAGCUGCAUAUUAAUAAAUUUCUACACAUACUACCAUGAAGUCUAAAAUUGCAUACCGGUAAUUCAUCGCGUACUGACUCUGGCUUAGUGGUGCAUUUAGCGUAAAGAAAUGAUCAUGUUUUUUUAUUAAAGGUAUAUACAGAGAGUUCACAACGGAUGGUCGUUGAUCGGUCUUUUCUUCCCCUGUUAUCAAUUUACUUCAAUAGUUUGACAUUGUGGGAGAGUAGGACUUGUGUAUGCACCUUUUUUCGUUGCACAGAAAGCUGUAUGGCAAUAAAUUUCCACACAUUCUACCGUGAUGUCUACAAUCCCAUAUGGAGACACUAGAUUAGUGGUGCAUUGGUAAAGAUAUGAUCAUGUUUUCAAUUGAAGGUUCCCCCCUCCCCCCAGAAGAAAAUUCCACAUGUUCAAAGUAGUAUUUGCAAUGUACUUUUGUUCAGACCUCGCAAAACCUGGAAGGAGAUGCUUGAAGAUAUGAGAGCAUGUUGAGGGCGGUAUUAUGAAACUUGUGUUAUCUCUAAUAUUGUUGUAUCUUAGAGGUUAAGAUAAAGUUGGUAUUCUGAAAA